AUGACACUGCCAGCCCUCUGCCCCCACAGCCCUGCACAGCAUUUAGUGGCUACCAAAAAGGGCCAUAAUAAAGGCUUCCCUGUGGUCUGGCUCCGAGAGGUUGCCGUCGUCUGCGGACCUGUGCACGACCCUGUGUGUUUCCCCGGGACUGUCAGGGUGAAUUCCAGCCCCAUGCUGGGCUCAGGGACCUGUGUGGCAGUCACUCCAGCACCAGAGAGGGAAGGGCAGGAGAGGUGGGGGCACAGGCUUCCCCUUCGCCUGUCAACAGGAACACUGAUGCUGAUAAAAACCCCAGGAUGUUGCAUCACUGCAGCUGGCCAAUUGAUAGCGUUUGCCCUACACUCGGUUCCAGACACCCAGCAGGAGAAGCCUCCAGAGACUUCAUCCCCAAGGCCAAGACAGGGGCAGCCCAUGGGAUCCAACAACCUGAGUUCGCCUGUUCGCAGGCCCUCACCGCCUGCCUUCCUCUCGCCCUCUGCCUUCCCCACCGUGCGGGAGUCACAAGUGGAGGGCUGCACCCUGAUUCCCUCCUCUACCCUGACGGCCUUCAUGGCCUCCUUCCUUUGCAUAGAGUUUGUGCUGGGUCUGGUAGGGAACACACUGGCCUUCCUCAUCUUCUGCUUCUACACGCGGCCCUGGACCUCCAACACGGUGCUGCUGGUCUGCCUGGUCCUUGCAGACUUCCUCCUGGUCAUCAACCUGCCCCUGCGGGUGGACUACUAUUUGUUCCAGGAGGAGUGGCGCUUCGGGACCGCCGCCUGCCAAGUCAACCUCUUCAUGAUCUCCAGCAACCGCACGGCCAGCGUGGUCUUCCUGGCGGCCAUCGCGCUCAACCGCUACCUGAAGGUGGUGUGGCCCCACCACGUGCUGAGCCGGGCCUCGGUGGGCGCGGCCGCCUUGGGGGCUGGUGGGCUCUGGGGGGUCAUCCUGCUCCUCAACGUGCACCUGCUGCAGGGCAUGAGCUCCAGUAGUGUCUGCCUCAGCUACCAGCUGGGCACGAACUCGUCGGCCUGGCACCGUUGGCACGAGGCACUGUUCGUGCUAGAGUUCUCGGUGACGCUGGCCCUCAUCCUCUUCUCCACGGUGAGCAUCUGGCGGACCAUCCGCCGGCAGGGCCUGGAGGGCCAGGCGGGCCUGCGGAGGGCCAUGCACGUGCUGCUGCUGGUGGUGGCCGGCUACACCAUCUGCUUCCUGCCCAGCUUCGUCUUUGGCAUCAUGACGGUCGUGGCCUUCGAGCUGCACGCCUGCCACGCCUUCAACACCUACUCGCGGCUGUUCCACAGCUCACUGGCCUUCACCUACCUCAACAGCGUGCUGGACCCCGUGCUCUACUGCUUCUCCAGCCCUAACUUCCUGCACCAGAUGCGCUUGCUCCUGGGCAUGUCCAGCAGCUCACAAGGCUCCUCCAGCAACGAGAACUCCUACGUGGCCCCUGCCCGGCGUCUGGACGCCCCUCGGCAGGCGAAGGAGUGGAGGUCUGCUGUAGGGGAGCAGUGA